UGAAGCAAAUCAUAGUAAAUGUUUCCCACUAAAAUAAAUGUUUAUCUGCAAUAGUCCAGGAGUUAUGCUAUGUCUGGUUAGUAUAGGUUUAAACUAUACUUAGCAGGUUUUUACUUUAAAUGUUUCUGCUCAUAAAAAAACAUGUCUAGAAUAAAGUUAGAGAUUUUUAACCUGAAUACUUGUUGGUAUAUGAACCCAUGCCCUUAGGUGUUCUUCAGUUUAUUACCAGGCUGUGACUGGUGGGGGAAGGUUACAGCUAUUUAUCCAGUUAUGUAGAACAUGCUAGGCAGCUCCACAUUUAUCCUUGUCAGUUCAAAUUCAGACCUGUGAUUAAGAAGGAGCAAUUUUACUUCAACACAAAAGGUAGCAGCAGCAGGCGACCUGUCUGGUGCUAUGAAGUUGUUCUAACUAUAAUCGGAUCUGUUUAGCAUAGGACAUAGAACUCUUCUCAGCAAUGACACAUCUAUAGCCUAUACUGAAAACCACAAGACAUCUCUGGUCAACUACAACGAUGGAUGUCAAAUAUUCACUGGAGAUACCGCACUUCUUUCUGUCUAUAAAUGUCUUCAUGGUGAUGUUCAGCCUCUCUGAAGCUCUGUGUCCUGGACUAGGACAGCUACAAAAUGGAACAACCUUCUUUCGUUACGGAGGAAUAUACACCACUUUUACAUGUAAUCAUGGGCUUAGAUUACUUGGACAUGUCAGUAACAGCUGUAUUAGAGGAAAGUGGAGGAAGCCAGUACCUGUUUGUGUAGCAAAUGGAUGCCAUUUGCCUACUGGUAUUUUACAUGGCAGUCUUCAACCCAGUCACAACAAUGCGGUCAUUACUUUCAUAUGCAACAAAGGCUACAAGCUAUUUGGUUCUUCGUUAAUCUAUUGCAAUGGGAAAAGAUGGAACGGCACAAUGCCUGUUUGUAGAGAUUCUGACAUGAUGAGUUCAAGUCAAAGAGAAACAAUUGCACAAAUGAGCAGCUCAGUGAUCAUGAGGCACUUAUCACUUUCAGGAAAGUCAUCAGAGGAUCUUCACAGAAUCUUUUAUAACACUACACAAAAUGAACCUGAUAACUAUCACAGUAAUAAAAGUUCGAGAAGUGACUCCACAACCAUAAUUAGGAUUAAGUAUAUACAGGACAAAAAUAGUUCCUACCAACACAAAGAACCGUUGACGUUUUGGGAAAAUCAACGUUCACUACAUCUGACACCUGGAGACAAACUAAAGUCAACAAAUAAAACCAGUUUUGGAGAACGCUACUCUUCAGUAUUUUCAUCUAUACUAGAGUCACAUACAGAAUCGCCAAAGAUAAAUGUCACCAACUGGUAUAACUUAUCAAACGUGGUACAAACUGAAAAACUAACAACAAAAUGGACAGAAGAUAAAACAAAAAUUGUAACCAUCCCAUUUCAAACAAGAUUAAAUAAUUACACAUUAAGAUCUUUAGUUCCCAAGGAGCAUUAUCCAAAUUCUGAAAAUUAUGUAUCGUCUAGGAAUCUUUUUACAAGCUUACGUAUUGGUCCCUUAUCCCACCUGAGAACAACACCAUCCAUGGUAGAAGGAACAACUAGAUGGACACAGCCUGAGGAGGUCUUUACCAAUAUUAAUCACACACUUCAGUCACAUUCAGUAAGAAUCCAGUCUUCCAUUUUACAUUUACUAAGUUCACUUGCUGGAACAGUUAUACCAGAAGCCACCACAAAUAAAUCUUCUAUGUUAAGGUCAACAUAUGGGUCACCAAAACAUGUCCCCACCAGUGCAAAUCUAAAAUACAUUAUGACCCAUUCUGAAUAUGCCAACAUUGAGGAGAAACCAACUGCUACUAUCCCAUCGAUAAUUCUAACAAGUAUUACAGCAUCAGUCAUCAAUUAUACUCAAAAGUUACCUGUAUCUUUUCACCAACAACUAACACAAGGUUCCAUUUCUCAGACUAACAGCACCACACAUGAUAAACAGUAUAAAUACAAUGAAGCUGUUAAUGAAGUUACUGCUAAGCUGCCAACACGUAGAUUUAAAACAACAACCAUACAAAGCUUGCUUUUAGCAAAAAAGCCCAGCAAAACCAUUCAUGGAUUUGAGGAGAUAACUGUAACCACGCCUAGAGUCACAUCUUCCACACGUAUUCCACAAACAACGAAAGCCAACAGAAAUCAAUUUCACCAUGGUGCUCUCAAGAAUACUUUGAAAAGAAGAGUGCGGUGCUUUUAUCCUCCGGUACCAAUCUAUGGAACAUUCCGGUUUCUUACUUUGAAGGAUCCUCUCCCAAACCAGUAUCAAUACUACAUUCAAUACUACUGUUAUCCAGGAUAUACUAUGACCCAAGGUGAUGUGUAUAGCUACUGCAUGGAGAAUGGAAUUUGGAGUGGAGCUACACCAAUCUGUGAAGAAUUUUAGAGAAUAU